AUGGUUGGACCUGAGAUAGUUCAAUAUACUACUGAUAAGAUUAAGAUUAUCAGAGAGAAGAUGAAGUCGCGUAAGUUGACGCCGCGUCUUAUUGGUCUGUAUCAGAUUUCCAAGAAAGUAGGUGAUGUGGCUUAUCGGAUUAUGUUGCCGCCGUCACUUGCUAAUCUCCAUGAUGUGUUUCACAUGUCUCAAUUAAGGAGAUAUAUUAUGGAUCCUUCGCAUGUUGUCCAAUUAGAUGAUGUUAAGGUUAGAGAUAAUUUAACCGUGGAGACAUUACCUAUGCGGAUAGAAGAUAGAGAGGUGAAACAACUUCGUAGUAAAGAGAUCGCUUUGGUGAAAGUCGUUUGGGGAGGACCGAUUGGUGGAAAUGUGACGUGGGAGCUUGAGAGUCAGAUGAGGGAUUCAUAUCCCGAGUUGUUUGCUUGA